GAAAAAUCCCGAUAUGGGUUUUCCUACAUGCAUAUCAUGGUGGGCCCCAUCGAACCCUUGUCGGGGCUGAGUUACACAAUGCAAUCCGCACCAUCGUGACAUUCAUGUAUAGAUGCAGAUUAACUUGUCCUGAGACUGUUAUUGUGAUGGUUGUACCUUUUAUUUUGAUUUUUAUAGGAGGGGAGCUUUUCAUUGGAACUUCCUGCUAUAUAUAGUGGAUUCUUCAAACUUCUUGACUUGACUUGAAUCACUCCAAAAGGCAUCCAUAGUCAUGCCAAGCCAUGAUUUUCAUUUCAAAAAAGCCACAGGAGCAGAUUUGCAUUCAGUGGAAACUUUGGUCAAUGUUGAUAUUGAAGAACCCAGUUGGUGGGUAUGGGUCACACAUGACAUGGUUCUUGGUAAUAUAGAAGAGCGUAGUGGAAUUGAUGACGAGAGUUAUGUGAUUAUUACCGAGGAGCUUGUGGUUGAUGGGGUUGCCAACUUCAUGGCUAGGUGCAUUCUUGCAAACCCAAAAUCUAAGAGCUUAACACCAGAGGAACUGCGGAAAAGUGCAUUUUGUUUCUCAAGUUGGGUCCUGAGGGUGAGAAGGAGACAAUGUUGUGGGUACCACAUGCCUUUAAACAUUUGUGUGUCAAUGAUCUAAUUCUUAUAUAUUCAUGUGAUGGGUUUAUGUGGAUUAUGUAUUUUUUGGCCUCUCAUUUGGUUAUUCUUUAAAAGAUUCUGUUUUUUCGUUCAUGCUUAGUAUUUGUUUUGUGCCAUACAUUUUCCAUGGUAAGGUUUGGCAUUUAACGUACAUGAAAAGUAGACACAUUUGCAAUCAUGCUUGGUGAUGGGGAUAUCUUUAACAUUUUGAUUUUUUAUCAAUUUUAUUUUGGUGGAUAUAGCUGGAACUUUUCUCACAUGGUCAUGAUUACCUCAUUCCACUUAAUUUUGUGUGGUAUGCCUUCCUUAAUUGAACCAACGAUCAUCAGUUUGGCUGGUUUAUCUGACUAUCAUGAUUGUUUGAGACUCCUGGCUUUAUCCAGUGGAGAGGAAUUUGGAUUGUGGUUAUGUUCAAGUUUGGUUUAUGUGUUUAUAAGAUUGGCAGUAAUGGUUUUUAAACUUCGAGAACUUGCAGCUGUAACAAAAGCCUUGGGCGACAUGAGCAACUGGAGUAAAACGAGGAAAGCAUGGCAUGCCAGCCAGCUCAUUUAUGCCCUCACAAUGUGGGGAAUUACUUUGGCAGAGUGAGAUUCUACUGCUUUUCUUACCAAUCUUUUUUUUUUUUUUGGAAAAAAUUUAAAAAUAAUGCUAAUAUGUAUUCUUCUCCCUUGGUUUCUCCAAAACGCACACAAAUAUGAUAUGUGCCCCGUAGAGGUAUGAUGCCAACAGCAAUCAGUGAACAUGCAUGCUUAUCAAUCAAUUGAUCCAGUCCUGCUAGCAAUCAGCGAACAUGCAUGCGCAUCAAUCAAUUGACCCCCCCCCUCUUUUUGUGAGGAUCCCCCUCAUGCACCUGAUGACUUCUUUUACUUUUAUAUAAGCGACUUCAGCUUAUUAAAAAUUGAACGGUGGUUCAUAUGGACUUUGAGGAAAACUAACAGUAAUUUAAUAAAAAAACAG